GAAACACCUUCCGCUGCACAUUCUCCUGCAUAGAAAACAUAUCUGGUCCUCUUCAUAUUCCCUAAAAGUUGUUGCCCUCUUUGUCCAUCUGCUACCUCGACCAUGAUAUCACACUGCUAAACGAGCCCUCACAACCACCACCCAAUUGGCAUGUGCCCCUCCUCUUGAGCUCUGGGCGUCCUGUUGAUCACUCUCCCAUCCGUCUGUCCGCUGCCUAGGGAUUGAAGAAAUCUUCUCUGAGGAACCUGCGACCUAGGACUGGUCUCGAGCAAAGGAACAGCAUCCUCCAUUGAGCUCCCCUCCUCGUCCUCCACCUCACCUUCACAAUGGCGCCGACGACGAUACCUACGUCGGUGGACGAACUGCCCUCGAAAGCGGAGCUGAAGGAAGAAAUAAAAGAAAGCGCCAAGGGUGCUGUCUCGGGGCUAAGGUCUCUCGCUGCAGGCGGUGUCGGUGGUAUCUGCGCGGUCAUUGUCGGCCAUCCCUUUGACCUGGUGAAAGUCCGAUUGCAGACAGCCGAGAAGGGAGUCUACAGCGGCGCUAUGGAUGUUGUCAGGAAGACAGUGGCUCGAGAAGGUCUUGCACGAGGUCUAUAUGCCGGUGUCUCUGCGCCUCUUGUGGGUGUUACGCCCAUGUUCGCCGUCAGCUUCUGGGGUUACGAUAUGGGCAAGCGACUGGUCAACACCUUCACUACAGUCCCCGUGGUCAACAACACCCCUCAAUACAGCAUAGGUCAGAUCUCAGCGGCUGGCUUCUUCUCCGCCGUUCCUAUGACCCUGAUCACUGCGCCCUUCGAGCGUGUCAAGGUCCUGCUGCAAAUUCAGGGCCAGAAACAACUCGCACCAGGCGAGAAGCCUAAAUACAGUGGAGGUGUCGAUGUCGUCAGACAGCUUUACAAGGAAGGCGGCAUACGGUCGGUAUUUCGUGGGAGCGCCAUGACCUUGGCUCGCGACGGACCUGGUUCUGCAGCAUAUUUCGCCGUGUACGAGUACGUCAAGCGCAGUUUGAGCCCAAAGGAUGAGAAUGGUAACGCGACCGGCGAACUGAGUCUGCCGGCCGUUAUGACUGCAGGUGGUGCCGCCGGUGUGGCCAUGUGGAUUCCAGUCUUCCCCGUGGACACGAUCAAGUCGAGGAUACAAACAGCAGAGGGACGGCCGACGAUAAGUGGCGUCAUUUCAGGGGUGUACCGGAGUGGUGGGAUCAAAGCUUUCUUCCCUGGAUUUGGACCCGCGUUGGCGAGAGCAGUGCCGGCGAAUGCAGCGACCUUCGUCGGUGUGGAGUUGGCGCAUAAAGCAAUGAACAAGAUGUUCGGCUGAGGAAGAACAACUUCCAGAGGGCAUGCUUCAGCAUAUAUCUAGAGUAUCAGCAGGCUGCGUGGGAGGCUAUGGCUUCGCAAAAGGUGCAUUGCUGGCGCUGGGAGGAACUCAGGCCCGUAUGGUAUAAAGGUAUCGGGGCGGGUUGAAAUCUAGCCUGGUGUAUCCGACGAGAUGCGGCAAAUCUACUCGUGUUGAUCUACUUGUGUUGAUCUACUUUCUCGACUGGAAUUUCGCAGGCGAAGCUGAUGGAAGUGCUCGGUAGCUACCGUAGCUAUGAGACAUCGACCUUCAGAAGAUGCAACCUCAUGUCUAUAUCUUGAGAGAGUACGGAUAGAAGCAACACUAUUGAAUUUCAUAAGUCG